UUGUCUUGUUGUUGUUGCUGUACUGUUUUGCGGUCUGCGCUCGCGACUAACUUGGCUAACUUGGCUAACUUCUGGAUUCGGAAUUGGCCCGGUGCAUUGCAUCUGCACACUCGGUGGCGCGCGCUUGUCUUCUUGAGGCUUCUUCAACCCAAACGGUCGUGUUUCGCGAGCUUUUCUGCCUGUAAUAGUUCAAUAAUAGUUAUUUCUUUUUUUUACGGUGUUUACUGUUUCUGUGUCUUGAGAGCGUGCGAAGUGCGAAGUGCGCGCAUGCGUAGUGGCUGAUAAUUAACCAAUUUGAAAAUUGCGGUUCUUCUGCUUUUUCGCAAUUCGAAUUGACCGCAUAAUUGCGCAAGGAAUUCGAUUUUUUUUCUUGUUUAUGCUACAAGUGUCAUAAAAAACAAGAAGAUUACCAAAAGUUUUAAAGAAAUGCAAAACCUGCCAAGUCACUAUUAAAGGAUUAAGGAAAGGAUGUAACUUUCGUUCUGAAAGACAAGAUUCUCGAACUUGGACUGGGAGUAGGCCAAUUAAGAGUUAGCCACGCGGCCGCACGAACAGGUGUCGUCGCUUCCAGCCGCAGCAACUUCAGCAGCAGCAGUAGCAGCAACAGCAGCAGCAGCAGCAGUAACAUCUAGUGACAGCAGCAACAUCCAAAGACAGCAGCAACAAGUGGCAUCAUUAUCAUUUGCGGUUUCGAUCAUCGGCGGGGCGGUGUGCGCCGUUGCCUCUGGCAGAAAACGGGAAAUCGGAAACAUGUUCUCCUCCAGCGCCUCGGCCGCAUCCACAUCCUUCAAUCUCGGCCAGCUGCUGCCUUUGGCCGUCGCCAUCGGAGUGUUGCAUCUGCCGCAGUUUGCGUGUCAUGCUGGCUGGGCAACCAGAACGCCAGAAAAUUUGAUCAACGAUUCAAGCCCCACACCCACCACCACCACCACUAACAGCAUGCAAAUCCAGGCGAUGCAGGUGAACUGCAGCCGGGAGCUGCUCGAGAUGCACCUGGAGUUGAGCCGCCCCUUUCGGGGAUUGCUCUACGCAAAGGACUUUCCGCUGGAGUGCCGCGCCAGUGGCAAGGACUCCACGCGUCUGCACCUCCGCAUCCCCACAUCGGGAUGCGGAGUGAGGGCGGAGCCACUGGGGGACGGCAGCCUGGAGUACACGGUGCGGGUGAUGCUCCAAAAGGAGCAGAAGCUGCGCCAGAGCACCGACAUCCUGAGCUCGGUUAGGUGCCAGCUUCCGCCCACUGCGAUGGGCAUGCCACUUCCGGUUCUGCGACAGGAAAUGGGACACGACAGAAAUGCCAGGAUGCGAGCCCUGGCUGCUGCUGCGUUUCCAGCCGCCCCGGCGUCCAGGGAGACGCCGCGCGUGCGGAUCUGGCUGGAACUGGGCGGUCCCAAUGGCACCGGAUCCGUGGAGGUGGGCGUGGCCACCACCCUGACGGUGAGGGCCAUUGUGCCGGGAAACAUCGGAGUGCGGGUGGUGGACUGUGCUGCGCUCGAUGGACUGGGAGAAUCCACGCAGCAAUUGCUCGACGCCCGCGGCUGUCCCAUCGACGAGCAGGUAAUGCCCGCUCUGCACACCCAGCACCGUCCGGCGGAGGAGGGAUGGUCCAAGCAGCACGAGGAAGACCUGGUCGAGCGGACGUUCGCGGCCACGUUUCCCGCCUUCAAGUUCCCGGACCGCGAGCGCCUCCACGUCAGCUGUGGCGUGCAACUCUGCAAGGGGAAGUGUCCGACUCUAAAUUGUCGCCUGAAGACGCCUCCGCCGCCGUUGAGCGCCGAGCAGCACCUGGCCCGCAUCGAGGUGUUCAACUCGCUGGCCGUGACAGCUCCCCAAAUCGAGGUGGACCGCCUGCGGUACGAUAGGCGCCACAACAUGAGCGGAGAGGAUUAUGCACCGCAUGUGAGGGGCCAGCCGAUGCCCGGCGAGGGAACCCUCUGCCUGUCCAUCUCCAAGCUGGCCAUCUCCUUCUGCGUUCUGGGCCUGAUCUUCCUGGUGGCCGUGGUGGUGGCCAUCUUCUCGCUGAUUCGAUCGCGUCGUCGGGAGCGUCGUCAUGGAGCUGGCUUGAGUCUGGGACUGGGAUUGGGAGUGGGCAUCGCGGGGACGAGCACCUCGAACAGCAGCAGCCGACUGCAUCGGGAUCGGGCCGAGAUCUGCACCUCGAUGUUCUCAUCCAGCAGCGAAUCGGCGCAGUCGCAGUCGCAGCCGCGUUUCGGGGCCAAGUUCCUGAUGCCCUACUAUCCGAAUACCCUGCCCUACGGCCGUGUCUACUAAUUGCUAACGCAGCAGAGUUUUUUAGUGGGGCGGCUACCCAGAGACUGACGGAAUCGUCUAACGAGUGGUACACCAAAAUAAGGUCUAACUUUAGCAAUAUUAUCCGUAGUUCUAUAACUUUCGGUUGGUCGAAAGGAUCUUGAAAGCGUUUUGCAAGCGGUUUGGGGCCAAAAUGUGUUUUGAUGUCCUUUCGCUGUAGCUGUAAGUAAUAUUUACAUAUUAGAUCUAAGAAUAAAAACCUAACAUAAUUGCAACUAAAUCAAACUCAAACUCCU